UAUAAAUAUAUAAAAGCCCCUGAAAGCGGCGUCGUUUCUCAUUUCUUCGCUUCAGCGAAUGCGCUCACUUCCCUUUCAAACUGCAAACCCUAGCAGGCAACGGCAUUACAGACAUGGCGAUUGCUAGAACAGGAGUUUUCGUCGACGAUUACUUGGAGUAUGCAAACACAUUGCCCGCAGAGCUUCAGAGGCUUCUCAAUACCAUCAGAGAACUCGACGAGCGUUCCCAAGCUAUGAUUAAUCAGACGAGGCAACAGACAAAAUACUGCUUGGGAUUGGCUACUCAAGGCUCUAGAAAAGGGAGUAAUGAAGAGGAUGAGGUGGCAUUCGAGAAAAUGAGAAAGGAUAUUGAAGCAAACCAGGAUAAUGCAUUAAGCCUCUGCACGGAAAAAGUUUUGUUGGCACGACAAGCUUAUGACCUUAUAGAUAGCCAUGUAAAACGUCUUGAUGAGGAUCUAAACAACUUUGCAGAAGAUCUUAAGCAAGAGGGAAAAAUAGCACCAGAUGAGCCAGCUAUCCUUCCCACAUUACCUAUAGUCCCCAAAAAUGAAAAACGCAAACCAAUCUAUGUAACACCUCAACCGAAACGGCUUGACUACAGGGAAAGGGACUGGGAUAGGGAACGUGAUAGGGAUUUUGAACUCAUGCCUCCUCCAGGCAGCCUCAGAAAAGAUUUUGCUGCACCCGUUGAUGUUGAUCAACCUAUUGAUCCAAAUGAACCUACCUACUGCGUCUGUCAUCAGGUAUCUUUUGGAGAUAUGAUUGCCUGUGACAAUGAAAAUUGCCAAGGAGGUGAAUGGUUCCACUACGCUUGUGUUGGGCUCACACCUGAGACAAGAUUCAGAGGAAAGUGGUAUUGUCCAACCUGCAAAUUAUUACCACAAUGAAUACAUUGUAUCCAAUUAUUAAAUUACUUGGCAAACCAUGUCAGUGUUCUGUUCUAUUCCUUUGAUGUAUUGGGAGAAAAAGGUUGAUUCUCAAAUGGGUUACUUAACUAUUGAUGCAAGGUUUCUGUCAAUGGUUUGAAGUGCUUAA